AUGCUAUUCGCAAAGCUGAUGGUGCCAUUCUUAUGUAGGCAUGGUGCUGCACGUCAGUUUCAUAUUAUGGCAGCAACGCAAGCUACAUUCCUGGUUUACACUUUGUUGCAAACAGUUUUUACUGAAGGUCAAAUACCCGAGCCCGAACCGGAGUUUCUGGCCGCUUUAGAGAAUCACACAGUCACUCAGGGACGUGAUGUCUAUUUCACGUGCGUUGUUAAUCACUUGGGCUCUUACAAGGUCGCAUGGAUCAAGUCGGACACAAAGGCGAUUCUGGCCAUUCAUACGCACAUGGUGGCUCAGAAUCCGCGGCUCUCAGUCACCCACAACGGCCACAACACGUGGAAACUGCACGUCGCCAACGUACAAAAGAAUGAUACAGGCACAUACAUGUGCCAGAUAAACACCGAUCCCAUGCGGAGCCAGAUGGGAAAUCUAGAAGUAGUACUUUCACCAGACAUAUUAACAGACAACGAAGCUAACGAAGUGAACGAGGCCUUAGAAGGAGGAACAAUUAAUCUAAAAUGUAAAGCCAUCGGAGUGCCGGAACCGACGAUUACUUGGCGAAGGGAAGACGGGAAUAAUAUUAUCAUUCGGCAAGAGAAUAGAGAAAAACAAGCGGUGCGAUCCUUCGACGGCGAUUCGCUAACCUUAAUGAAUAUUCAGCGCAGCGAUAUGGGUUCCUAUCUGUGUAUAGCAAGUAAUGGAGUGCCCCCAUCGGUCAGUAAAAGGUUCAACGUCAUUGUCCAAUUUCAUCCUUUGAUCAGAGUAUCAAAUCAGCUGGUAGCAGCACCUGUGGCAAGUGAUGUACACGUGCAAUGUUACGUAGAAGCCUCACCUAAAGCAAUGAACCAUUGGAUGAGAGAUAACGGGGAGAAGUUGCUACCAAACUCGAAAUAUCUAAUACAGGAAUCGGUUAUCAACGAAUAUUCACUGCAAAUGAAUUUGACAAUCCUAAAUUUGGAAAAAACCGACUUUGGUGGAUACAUCUGCACUUCGUCUAAUGCAAUUGGCAAAGCGGAAGGCGUCGUUAGAUUACAAGAGAGGAUAGUGAAAUCGACGAGUACGGCUAGCACUCCGCCGAAAUACAUUGAAACGAAGCCCCGAAAGCCGGUGUUGAAGGACAAAACGAAGAAGUGGAAGCAAAUGCGCAAGAAGGAAAACGACGAUAACAAGAACGAAGAAGAAUCGAUCGUACCGACACUAUUUUUACCGGUAUCCCAGACGAAUCCAGCUUCUACGAUGGGUGUCACGACCACCGCUCGACCGUCGUGGAUACUCUUGAGGAACUACGGCAACUGCGCAACCAUAUCAGUGGAUCAACAUUAUUUUUACUUGAUCGUUUUGAUUGUUUUCAGGAUUUUUCCGCGUUUCGUUUAUUAA